UCCGCAACUGUCGUCAGCGCCGCCCUAGCUGUAAGAUCUCUAGUACAUGAUCCAACAUUAACUGUAGCAAUAAUAUGAAUACCUCGUUUGUUCUUGUUUUGUGCGUGUCAUUUGUUCUUGUUUUAAGAACAUAUCAAAACCCCCGAGAUAUGUAGGAUGAUUAUCCUGUUCAUACUUGAUAUUCUGCAAAGACCCUCGCGAACUCCGUUAUCUGUCACCGUUCUCACCUUCCCCGGUGGCCCACCCCUCUUCUUUUGUCGCUGCAUGAUUUUGAUUUUAUUUAUUGCGCUCUCUCCUCGUCCCCUUCUUGGCUUCCAAUUUGAUUCUCCGGGAAGAGAACACAGAGAUCUAAUUUUUUGGAAGGUCAAACGCUGGUUUGGUGUUCAGUGAUGGGUGGAUUCUUGGCUGAGAGGUUUGCAUCCUUCUACAAGAACAGAUGGCUUGUGUUUGUGGCUGCAAUGUGGCUGCAGUCAUGGGCCGGUGUUGGGUAUCUGUUUGGUAGCAUAUCGCCUGUGAUUAAGAGCUCCUUGAACUACAAUCAGAGGCAGCUUGCUAGGCUGGGUGUGGCCAAAGACCUUGGCGAUUGCGUCGGCUUCGUCACUGGGAUCUUGUGCGAGAUUUUGCCUCCCUGGGGUGCUUUGCUUGUUGGUGUCUCGUUGAACUUUGUUGGAUAUGGCUGGGUUUGGUUGAUCGUCACUGGCCGAGCUCCCGCUUUGCCUUUGUGGGCUAUGUGCAUUCUUAUAUUUGUGGGAACAAAUGGGGAGACCUACUUCAACACAGUUACUCUGGUGUCCUGCGUUCAAAAUUUCCCAAAAAAUAGAGGCCCUGUGGUUGGAAUUCUCAAGGGCUUUGCUGGGCUGAGUGGUGCAAUCUUAACUCAAAUAUAUGCUAUGAUCCAUUACCCUGAUCAUGCGUCACUGAUCUUCAUGGUUGCAGUUGGUCCCUCUUUGGUAGGAAUAGGUCUGAUAUUCAUUAUCAGACCUGUCAAAGGUCACAAGCAAAUUAGACCUUCAGAUGACACAAGCUUCACUUUUGUUUACAGUGUCUGCCUCUUAUUGGCUGCUUAUUUGAUGGGGGUCAUGCUUGUUCAAGAUCUGGUAACCUUGAAUCAUAGCAUUGUUAGGAGUUUUACAGCAGUCUUGUUCGUCAUCCUCGUCGCCCCAAUUUUCAUUCCCAUUUCAAUGAGUUUUUUCUCAGAGCAAAAGGCUCCAGAAGAAGAAGCACUCCUUCCUCAGACUGAGACACUAGAACGAGGUAAUUCUGAAGUAAUAUUAAGUGAGGUGGAAGAUGAGAAGCCUGAUGACGUGGAUUCACUUCCUUCAUCAGAAAGGAAGAAACGUAUAGCACAACUACAAUCAAAACUAGUCCAAGCAGCUGCAGUUGGGGCAGUGAGAGUCAAGAGGAGGAGAGGACCUCGCAGAGGGGAGGACUUCACCUUAGCACAAGCUUUGAUUAAAGCAGAUUUUUGGCUUCUUUUCAUGUCCCUCCUUCUGGGUUCGGGAUCAGGACUGACUAUUAUAGACAACCUGGGCCAGAUAAGCCAGUCUCUGAAAUAUGACAAUACUCACAUAUUCGUGUCCAUGAUAAGUAUCUGGAACUUUCUUGGCCGUGUAGGAGGGGGUUACAUCUCUGAGAUUGUAGUGAGGGAUUACGCCUUUCCAAGGACAGUUGCAUUGGCUGGGUUUCAACUGACAAUGGCUUUUGGGCACGUGUUCAUAGCAAUGGGAUGGCCUGGGGCAAUGUAUGUGAGUACACUACUGGUUGGCCUUGGUUAUGGGGCCCACUGGUCAAUUGUUCCAGCUGCAGUUUCUGAGUUAUUUGGUCUCAGAAACUUCGGUGCUUUGUACAAUUUCCUUACCCUGGCAAACCCUUCGGGAACUCUGGUUUUCUCGAGUCUAAUUGCCAGUGGAAUCUAUGACUAUGAAGCAGAGAAACAAGCUCAUGAGGGAAAUCAGCAUCAGAAGAGCAUAGGAUCAUUGUUGUCACGCGUGGUUAACGCCGCAGAGCCUCCGAAAUGUGAAGGUUCCAUUUGCUUUUUCAUGACUUGUGUGCUCAUGGCUGGACUCUGUAUUAUGGCAGCAGUCUUGAGUUUGAUUCUGGUGCGCCGAACUAAGGUUGUUUACGCCAACCUAUAUGGGAAAUCUACUGCUAGAAAUGUUGUGUAAUCAAGUUUGUUUUGGAGUAUAUGUUUUUUUUUUUUUUUUGGCGUUGGUGCUCUUUGAAGUGCAUUGUAUCUGGAUUUACGUCGAGAAAGGUUUAAGGUACAGAGGCAACAUUGGACGCAUUUUUCCUGAGGGUGAAACACGGAACACGGGGAAAGAAACAGAAAGGUUUCUGUGGGUUGGCACGGGGAUUUCCCGCGAUCUAGCUGCUACACAUAUAGUCAUAUAGUCACCAGUAUUGUUUUGUCAAUAGUAACGUGUUGUGUAUUAUUUACUCGUGCUGUCGGGCAAUUGAUUGAAAAGAUCAUUCAUUUUCUUCUCAUUAAGCUUUGUUUUCAUGCAGAAGAAAACGUAA